AGAAUUGAAUCGGUACCUACGUCCUACGUCAAAAAGUUGAUAAAAAAUAGAAACAUUGCCUAGCGCGCUUGUUGUUACUGCACCGUGAUAAAUAAAUGAUACGUGAUAAUUUGUACCGAGGGGCAAUUACUUAAAAUAAUUAUAAUUAUAAAUAAGUAACACAAAUGUCUAAGCAUAGAACUAUGGAGGAACAAACAGAUCUAUGUUCAAGAUAUAUAAAAAUAUUUAUAGUUGUUGCAUGUUACUGGAUUGUUUCAAUAGCCACAGUAUUUGUGAACAAAAGUUUACUCAGCGGUCAGGACGUGGCACUUGAAGCUCCCUUAUUUAUAACAUGGUUUCAAUGUAUAGUUUCAUUUACUAUAUGUUUUACUCUCAGUAAAACUGGAGGGAUACCAGGAGUUUUUAAAUUUCCUAAAGGAACACCAUGGAACCUUGAAGUAAUGUGGAAGGUAAUACCACUAUCAAUAAUGUUCACACUGAUGAUAGCAACAAACAAUCUAUGUUUAAAAUAUGUUGGUGUUUCUUUCUACUAUAUCGGAAGAUCUUUAACUACAGUAUUUAAUGUAAUAUUCAGCUGGGUACUGUUAAAACAAAAAACAUCUCUAAGGUGUAUCAUGUGUUGUGUAUUUAUUGUGUUCGGAUUUUAUAUUGGGGUUGAUCAGGAAGAGUUAUUAGGAUCUUUCUCAUUAAUUGGGACAAUUUAUGGAGUAGUUGGCUCCUUGAUGCUUUCUCUUUAUUCUAUAUUUACAAAGUCAGUGUUACCCAGUGUAAAUCAGGAAAUAUGGCUGUUGUCAUAUUAUAAUAAUGCCUACUCUAUUAUACUGUUUUGUCCCUUAAUGGUACUAAAUGGAGAGUUAAAUGUGCUUUGGAAUUAUACUAAUUACCAUAGCUCCUAUUUUUGGAUGCAAAUGGUCAUUGGUGGUAUUUGUGGAUUUGCAAUUGGAUAUGUCACAUCUCUACAAAUAAAGGUAACAUCUCCAUUAACCCAUAACAUAUCAGGCACGGCAAAGGCUUGUGCUCAAACAGUGAUGGCAACACAAUGGUACAAUGAAACAAAGAAUUCACUCUGGUGGGCAUCAAAUUUAAUUGUAUUAGCCAGUACUGCAUUAUACGCAAGGUUUAAACAAGUUGAAAUGGAGGAAAACUCCAGAAAAAUAAUUCCCGAAGAAAAGAGAAGUUUAGUGUAAACAAGGCUGUUUAGAAUUUAGUGUAUUUCGGAUAUUGUCGCACAAGGUUUAGAUUUGAAGAUAAGAUGUAUUUGUGUAAAAAAUUUUGUUAGAGGCAUAUCAAAACUCGAAAGAUAGAAAUAAUGUUACUAAAACAUUGAUGUAACUAAUAUAAAAGUGCGCUUUUUAAAAUGCUUCUAACAUGUUGAGCAUACAGUCUGAAAUAUAUUGUGUGUCAUGUUAAUGUUUCCACUA